AUGGUUGGCGUAGCAAGAUCCCGAAGGUGUGAGCGCUGCAAGCGGAUGAAGACCAAGUGCGAUGAGAAAUGGCCAACUUGCUCACCGUGCCUCCGUGCUGGCGCAUCCUGUUCCGGGCCACCCAACUUGACCAAAUUCAUCCACAACGGCCACCACCACCACACCAUCACUAGCAGUAGCCAAUCUCACGUGGAAAGAGAGACUGAGUCACGGACACUCCUAACAUCCCAACCACCGCGCAACCUCGAGAUCAUCCGGAACCAAGACCUCCCCGGUGGCGCCUCGUUCGGCCACUUCCGCCUCGCGACCAACGAGCCGCGGCGAACCCUAACCACCGUCUCAGAACGCGUGGCCGCGCGUCUGGUUGGGUACCUAGGGACCGAAGCUGCGUCGUGGGACUACCUCGCGUGCGUCGGGUACACCCCUCACCUCCCCGUGCGACUGAGCGAGAGCGCUGCGCUGCGGGACUGCGUGGCCCUCAUGUGUAGCACGUGGCUGAACCAGCGACGGGGGCUCGCGCCCGAGCGGGUGGUGGACCGGACUUUAUACUGCAAGGCGCUGCGGAGUCUGCGGCGCGCGCUGGGCGAUCGUGGGCUGCAGCUGCGGUGCGAGACGCUCGCCGCGGCCACGAUCCUCGAGCGCCUCGAAUUGCUCUUCGACACUGGCACGCCAUAUAACCGCACCCCGCAUGUCUCCGGGAUCGAGACGAUGAUGUUGCGCAAGGGCCCGCCAAAGCUUGGGGAUGAUCUGGAUGUCCAUCUCAUGCUGGAGAAUCACGCGGCGCUGGUAUCUCGUUGGGUUGUCCGAGGUGGUGACAACUUCUACCUCAGCGCCCCCUGGGCAGAAGUAAUCAAGCAGACAUCAUCACUACCGGAACAGACCGCCUCAGAGGAGAAGCGAGAUUGCUACAAGAUAGGCUAUUACUACGGCUUCUGGCCCAGCCUAGUACAUGAGCAUCGGCGUAUUUCGAGCGAGGCAGAUGUCAUCUCACGGGAGGCGCAAGCCCUAGGCUUCCGACACCGAGUAGCGGACCUCUACGAAAAAGCCCAGCGCCUCGGUAAGGAAAUCAUAGAAGCGAAAGGUCGUGCGGGUCGAGUGAUGGAACGGCCAGAUCCCGAAGGCCCGGUGGGCAGCAAGUUCCACUUUGAAAGUUUGGACGCGAUGUCCUUCGUGAUAUCGUACUUGAUGAUAUGUACGAUCAUGAACCGGAUACUCUACCAUACCCUCUCUCUGCUCUGUGAGCUGGACACACAUUUACAGGUAGAGCAUAAAGACUUUUGCCGUCAGUUAUGGAUGUGCAUCCCUUUUAUCAAGAAGCUAGGGAAUAUGACUGGACCUAUGCUUCUCCCGCAGCUGCAAUUGUCCUACGAAGCAGCCAAUGCAGUCGAGAGAGAGUACAUUCUGGAUACAAUAAUUGACUUCAGCAAUAAGAAUCGCAGAUAUACUGGAGACAGGCAGGCAAUGGAGGCUUUGGUGCUCAACUCGGCAAAGGCCAUGACUGGUCGGAGUGCAGUUGCUCUGGCAGUUUAA